AUGAUGCUGUACCAUCGGGUUUACAUGGCGGCGUCCUGUGAGCCAUGUUGAAUGAUGUCCUACUGACUUUAUUCUGGAUAAUGUGAAAUUGUAGAAUGAAAUACUUGAUCUAAACAUGUGGAGUCAAGUUCGUAAACUCCAAAAGAACAGGACAGUGAAAUAUGGGAUCCCGAUGCUGCUGCUGGUUGUGGGAGGGUCGUUUGGAUUGAGAGAAUUCACUCAGAUUAGAUAUGAUGCACAGAAGAUCAAAAAGAAGCUGGACCCUGCACUGGAAGCACGGGUGAACAAUAAAAAACAGUCAGCCAUCCUUCAGGAAGAGUAUGAGAAAUUGAAGGAUUUGGAUUUGGAUGGAUGGAAAAACAUUCGUGGCCCACGUCCCUGGGAGGAUUCAAAGGAGCAGCAGCAAGCUCAACUCAAUAAAGGCACAUAGAACUCGAAAACCUUAAACUCCCACCGCUGGUCCAAAAGAUUGCAACCUGCACAUCAUCAUCAUCAUCAUCAUCAAUAAAUGCAUCCGUGAGAUGCUACACAGCAAGUGCUAAUAUCUGGGUAGAAUAUCGCCUCCUGCUGCUUUGAUCAAUGCUACACCUAAGGUGAUUUUUAAAAGGUUGCAUCUUUGGUAUACAUGGCAUCCAACUGUGAAGCAGCACGGUCUUGAUUCAGUCCUGGAGUGCACGUGUAUUUCCGACAGGAUCCGGGCACGGGCUGCUGCUCUCAGGCUAAUGUUAACGCCAGCACUGACUCAUCUGUGUAAUGUGAAGCUUUGUUCUCAGGCACAUUUUAACAAGCCCCUGCUGACUUUCCCUCUUUCCCCCCGUCACUCUCCUGCUGGAAAUUCCAGAACUGUCAUAUCAUGUGCUCCGUCACUUUAAUUGCUCAAGAGGGAAUGAUCCUCAUGGGCCGAAGGGAACAUGUCAACAAAUCUGACUUCAGGAGUCCAGAUAUCCUCAGGGGGCAUUAAAGCCACUCAUGUGUCCUGUUCAAGAAAAAACAGUGUUGACAGGGAAAGGCUGUAGCAUGUUUCAAUAAACUUUUGAGAUGUUUUAGCUGGUCAGGUGAGGAGCACAAAAAACAGACUAAUUAUGACAAGUGUUGCUGUAGUAAAGAAAUACUUUAAUAACAGUGAAUACUCUAAGGGAUAGUAAUUUGAUACUUGUUGAAAAUGUUUAAUUUAGUAUUAAUUUAUCACUAACUUGUCAUUACCCUAUCAUUAAUUAGUCUAUUCAUUUAUGUGAUAUUAAUUAAAAAAAUUCUAAAAUGAGACCUCUGUUCUGUAUUUAGCACAGUAACUAAUUAUUUGCUGUAAUUUGGUCUUCAAAUAAGGUACACUCUCAGAAAAAAAGGUACAAAAGUGGUCACUGGGGCGGCACCUUUUCAAAAGGCACAACUUUGUAAUUUAAAAGUCCAUAUUGUUACCAUAAAGAUACAUAUUAGUACCUAAAAGGUACAAAAGUGUACAUUUUGAAAAGGUACCACCCCAGUGACAGCUUUUUUUCUGAGAGUGUGCUUAUUCAAGAUGUGGUUAGCUUUCAUUCUCACUUAAUUGUAUAUUUCUUUGUUUUUUGACUUAUAUACGUUUAUAUAGUAUAUAUAUAGAGAGAGAGAGCCUUGCUGAUUUUAGGAAACAUCUUUAAUCAUUAAUUAAUUCAAAUUUCACUGCUGCAGAGGAACAAAAUGGGCCUGCAAAUGUUUAAAUGUAUGAUGUUGCCUUGUGGCCUUAUGUGUAUGUGUGUGUGCGCCUCUAAGAUUAGUUUUGCAGAGUAAAUCAUGAACAGUGUUUUAGAAAUCUAGCUUUAGCAUUGUCAAGCUUCACACACAUGUACAGUGUAAAUCCCUGCUCCACAGAUUCCUCUCUUUCCUAAGUUCUGAGGGAAUAUUCUGUAACCUUAUUUCAUGUCAUUUUGCUAUUAUAAUGAUAUUCACUAGUUUUUUACAUUUUCUGAAUCAAAUAUGAGUGUUUUUGCUUGAAAAACUCACCACAACAACACUAGGAUGUUUCUAUGUGGUUGCUAAGAUGUUCGGAGUGGUUUUAAUGUUUUGUGUUUGCUAGUGUGAGUUGGAUAGUAAACACCACUAAGGGGGCGUUCACAAAGAACACGUUUUUCCAUUCCACUGUGCAUUCAGUUAACAUUCCCUAAAGCCUAUGUAUGUUUGGGGUAAGUAAGAUUUUAAUCAGUAAGAAAUGUAUACUUUUAUUCACCAAGAAUACAUUAAAUUGAUUAAAAGUGACAGGAAAGAAUUGUAUAUUCUUACAAAA